AUGAACCUUUUCACUAUUGUGAAAUUGGAGUUCUUUCUCACUCUCACAUGUGUAUUUUUUUUUUUUUCUCUUCAAAAUGAGAAGAUAAAAAUCUCUUGUAAACCAUGUUUUAAAAAUAAAUACAUAAAGAAUAAUAAUAUUUACUUUAACAGAACAUGUACGAUCAUUUGUGGAAGGAAAAAAAAUGUGCUUUAUGUAGACGGCUGUUUUUAUCUGUGUACUAAGGAAAGACGUUACCUGAAUUUAAAUUGGUGGAAGAGAGAAAAAAGAAUUGAUCACUUAAAAUGCAUCAAAAAGAAGAAUUCAACUUGCUGGGGAAAGGAUGAAAUGGGUGACCAAAUGGGUAAAAUAAAGAAAGUGGAAGAGGAGGAACUUGAAGAAUCUAACAAUUUGUUGAACACUCAAAGGGAAGAAGAAGAAGAAGAAGCAGAAGCAGAAGCAGACAUUGCAUCAGAUUUGCUCCCUAAAAUGGAUGAAGUAAAAGGAGGAAAAAAAAAAAGUAUAAUAAAAAAAGAUGAGUAUGGUAUACCAGAAGAAAAGCUAAAUGUAAGGAGACAAACAAACAGUAAAAUAAAAUCCAAAUAUAAAUUUUUGAAAGUAAAAACUUAUAACGAAACAAUGAAUAUAAAUUAUAGAAAAAAGAAAAUUUUAAGUAUCCAUGAAGGAAAACUUAAGAAUAAAAAAAUAUAUUCACCUGAUACUUAUACAAGACCAAUGAUGAGUAAGGUAAAAGAAUCUCUAUUUAAUAUUUUAUCCCAUUUAGGAAUAUUUAGUAAUGCAAAUAUAAAUGUUUUGGAUGUUUUUAGUGGCAGUGGUAAUUUAGGUAUCGAAUGUAUUUCAAGAGAUCUUUCUCAUGUUACUUUUGUUGAUUUAUCAUUAAAUAGUUGUAAAACCAUUUUUGAAAAUUUAAAAUUAUGUAAUAUAUAUCAUUUAUAUAAUAAAAUAAUAAGAGCAGAUGCAAUGGAGUUACUAAAAUAUCCCUUUAAAUUUCAUAUUCAUGAAAAAUUUCAUUUAGCAUUCUUUACUCCACCGUAUGAACAAAUUGUUUACAGUGAUCUCAUACGUAACAUAGCAUAUAGUGAAUUGUUUGAUCAGGAUUGUCUUAUUUUUAUUGAGUAUCCAAAAGAAAUUGAAAUGUUACCACAGCGUGUUUAUAACAUGAUAGGGUUAAGAAAUAGAAAAUUUGGACGAACCUAUUUUGCAUUGUACGUCCUGAACAGUUCAGGCAAAUACAUAUCGAAUGAAAGGAAGGAAGAGUUUUACCCACUCCAUUACAAUCGUAAGCAGCGUAGACAGUGGAAAUACCUCUAG